UGCAAGCCCAGUCUCAAGUCCUCCCUCUUAGCACCAGGAUUGAUGCCUCUGGUGGCUUUUCAGUGAGAGGGACAACACCUUCGGCCCAUGGGGAUAUUCUGCAGGCUCCUACACUAGGAAAGCACACUUUUCUAAAGGAGAUACCAUACAACUUGUAGGCUACAAACUGUUUUCAUCUGUUCUGCUCCGAGGGUGUUUUCUUUGACUGUUCUCCAGCCAGAGGCAACCAUGUCCAGGAGGAAGGUGAGGGGACUGACGCGAACGGGGCGGCAGGUGAGCGAGGACCCUGACCUGGACGUCCUUUUGUCCAACCUGUCCCCUGAGCAGAUUGAGGAGCUGGAGAAGGAGGUAUUGGUGGCCCCCAACCUGGACAGAGCCAUAGAGCAGCCUGACACUAAUACUGUCUGGGACCGGGAUGCUAAGCUGGACAGAGCCAUAGAGCAGCCUGUCACUAAUACUGUCUGGGACCGGGAUGCUAAGCUGGACAGAGCCAUAGAGCAGCCUGUCACUAAUACUGUCUGGGACCGGGAUGCUAAGCUGGACAGCCGGGAGCUUCCUGGGAAGCUCAGCCAAAAGGAACAGUCUAUUGAGGGGGAACCAAAGAAGGAGAGCCGGAAACAAGAGUACCUGAGAAAGAUGGGCCUGAGUCAGGAGGGGAAAGAAGGAGCGGGGAUCAGAAGGCAAUCAAGUAUCUCAACAGAACGAGAGAACAAGAUGGAGAGAAAUAAGAAAAGACCAGACUGCACUAAGGAGGACAGAGUCAGCCUGUCCAAUAGAUACAGGAGGGAGGAGAGCAAAGACAAAGACGUGAAAGAGACCUCUAGAGAAAGAUUCGGGAGAGAAGAGAGUAAGGAUGCUGACGUGAAAGAUACAACUAGAGACAGAUACAGGAGCGAGGAAAGUAGAGACAGUGAUGUAAAGGAUACAACUACAGAAAAAGACAGGAGAGUGGAGAAAAGGGACAGUGAUGUUAAAGAAACAGCUAGAGACAGAUUCGGGAGACAGGAGAGUAGAGACAGUUUAGAGAAAGAGGAUGCCAAAGAAAGAGAGAGAAACGAGGAUAACAAGCUGAUGGAGAAACGAGACAAGAGGUUGAGCACCAGUAAUAAGACAAAAGAAAUGAUCUCCAAGUUACAAGAGAAAAAGGAAAAAGAGGAGAUCAAGGAGAAAGAAAGAAAAGAGGAUAUGAAAAAAAGAGAUGAGAACAAGACAAGGGGACUUGUGUCAAAGCUUGUGGAGAAGCAAAGUCGGGUUGAAGAGAGUAAAACAGAAGAUAAGAAAAACAGAGGGGAAGAGAAGGACAAGCCUGAGAAGGACAAGUCUGACUUGAAACUUGAGCGACAAAAGUCGCCAACAGAAAAGGAGAGCGGAAGUGAGAAGCAAGAGGAGAAGGAAGAUCCUAAGGAGAAAGCGAAAGAAGAUGGUAAGGAGAAUAAGAAAGAUGUGGGGUUCAAACGUAAGGAAAGUAUAAAAGAGAAAGAUAGGAGGAGUAGCAGAGAAAUAGAAGAGAAAAGGGGAAAAGACACAAACGAAGGACUGAAAUCCAGCAAGGAUGAGGAACAACGUGGGAACUGUGUUGCGAACAAGAGCACACCUAGCAAGACCAAAGUAGAGGAGGAAGAUGACGAGGACUCCAGCAUGUUCGAUGACCUCAUGGAGCAGGUUCGCAGCAACGACCCCACCAUGACAGAGCUCAACGUCAACAACUCGGAGGUCAUCAAGGCUAAAACACUCAUCCAGUUUGCAGAGGUCUUGAAUAAAAACACCCACAUUAAGACUUUUGCCCUGGCCAACUGCCGUGCUGACGACCACGUGGCCUACGCCAUCGCGGGCACCUUGCGCACCAACACGUCUAUCACAAGCAUCAACCUGGAUUCCAACCUUCUCACCCCCAAGGGUAUAAUGGCCCUGAUCCAGGCCUUGCAGAAAAACACUACACUCACCGAGCUGCGCUUCCACAACCAGAGACACAUCUGCGGAGGCAAGACAGAGAUGGAGAUGACCAAGAUACUGAAAGACAACACCACCCUCCUGAAGCUGGGCUACGGCUUUGAGCUGGCCGGCCCACGCAUGACCAUGACCAACAUCCUGAGCCGCAACAUGGACAAGCAGCGACAGCGGCGCCUACAGGAGCAAAAACUGGCCCAGGCCAACGGUGAGAAGAAAGGGAUGCUGGAGGUGCCCAAGACUGCUGUGGGAUUCCUCAGGGGUUCCCCCAAGGCUUCCCCUAAACCCUCCCCACACCCCUCACCAAAGCCCUCCCCGAAGUUGACUCAAAAAAGAGGACCAGGAGGGGGACCUCCUCCACCCCCUCCACCUGGGGGCCCACCCCCACCUCCUGGGGGCCCACCCCCACCUCCACCCCCCAUGCUGUGCAUAGACUCCCUGCGCAACUCCUUGACGCCCACAUCACAGAGGAAGAUGGAUGAUAAGGCCAACAAAUCCGGUGGUACGAACUCCAGGGACCAACUGCUGGACUCCAUUAGGAAUGCCAAUAUGAAGAAACUGAAGAAGGUUGCGGUACCAAAGCUGUUGCAGUAAUCCUCUGGAAUGGAGAGCAAAAGCCAAGGAAGAGGAAGGACAUAGAUCUCACGGGGGAUCGAAGCUCCAACACAUCCCACGCACAGACUGACAUCCAGUCUUACCACUGUGCUGCGGGAUGGAUAAGGCAGGCAAGCAGAACGUGAAAAUUGAGAUUUCUAUUGGAUGUACAGCCUUCACUGUGCCGUGAGUUCUCUCCUCAAACUAAACACUGGACCGCAGGGACCCCGUGGAGUGAGAAGGGGGCAGAGUUUUGUAGCAGGACGUGCCCUGAGGUCCUAACUGUCUGCCUGUGUCUGUGUUGAUGCUUUGCCUGUCAUUUGCACUAGAUUAUGAAGCAGUUCAUAUGGUAUGUUGACAAAAGCAUAUGAUGUAUACGAUGUAUGAUGUGGGGCCGUGUAAAAUUCUAUAAAAAAAGUAUAUACAAAACUACUUUAACGUUCAUUGAAAUAUUGGAUGGUAAUUUGAAAGUGUAUUUAUUUGUGGAGGGAAUCACUUGGAAUUUUGCCCAAACUGCUGAUUCUCCAUGGCAUAUUAUCAGGGAAUUAAAAUGGGGUUAGACUUCAGCAAUUCACAGGGUGGUUUGUAAUGUGUGUCAUUGCCAAAUCUCAGGACUGACAUCUCAGGCAAAGUUUUACACAUAAAAGCAACCUAGAAUCCCAGUCUUCUUAGAAAGACUCAGGAAGGAAGUUCAGUUUUGGGGGGAUUUAAGUAUGGUCAACCUUUUAGUAAUAACAACGUUAUACAACAACGUUUGGUAAUAACAACGUUAUUUAUAAAUAUAUUUUCUUACAUUUUGCUCAAAGUGCAAAAGAUAAUGAUUUUAAUAUAGGAAAUUAAAUGAGAAUGUCAAAAGCAAAGAAAACAAAUCACAGAAUACUAUUUACAGUGACAACAAUGCAAAUAUAUUCCCGGCCAGAUGUCUUACUACUAGUCAUGUCUUACCACUACAUUUUAUUUUAUUACCAUGGCAGAGCAAAAUGAAUGUCUCUUUCAGUGCUCUAAAAGUGACUAUUGACUAUUUGUAUGCAUAAUGUGGUUUCUGUGUCAUUUUGGACUUCACUAAGUUACAGAGCCUGUAAAAAGGUACUGGUAUGUUUGCAAUUAAAAGUGUAAUAUAAUACACUUCAUUAUAAUAAUUUCAUAAUCAAGUACAUCUUAAAAACUAAUUUGUCUAACGAAGAUACAGGAUGGAGACAUAUCUGUCCAUUAUUUGAUGGUAGGCUAAUACAGUACAGUAGGCUACUGAUACAAAUGCAACAGAUACGUUUACUGUAUUUUGUGUUAAUGUUGAACUUGUAUAAACAAUAUUUCCCUUUCAGGGGGGACAUUUCCCUGGUUUUCAAUGUAAUAUAUUCUGUUUAAUAAUACAAUUUCUAAUGCUUGAGAAAUAUUCAUUCGGCUAUGUCAGUCUGUCUAUUGAUUGGUUGACGGAAUCAGAAAUAAUUUCCAAUAUCUAUAUAAGAUAUGUUGUCUCAGUAGAGCCCUGUAACCUGUAAAGAUAUUGAAGCUGAUGGGAAAGGACAUUUUGUGACCAAAUUGACAAUUCUGUGUGCCAUGCAAAGUAUAAGAGAAUAGAUCUUAAUAAAAGGUUUGUGUACACACACA